AUGACUAAAUGGACCUAUGUCAAAGAUAGAACAAGAUACGGCGUUGCGGUGUGUAAUUUUAAACAAGAUGGAACUCACAGAUUGCAUCUUACUGUUGGUGAAACUGUAUACAUACAACAGGAAAAUGAAGAAUGGUUUUAUGGUUGCUCUACAAAGAACAGGAACUCUUGGGGAAUAUUUCCGAAGACAUAUGUUUCAGUUAAGGAAUCUAUUAUUGAUAAAACUGGACCACAAGAAGCCAUCAUUCCUCGUGAAUCACCCAUUGUCCAAGAGAUAACCUCGGUUAUUCGUGAAUGGGGCUCAAUAUGGAAACAACUUUAUGUUUUACGUGACAACCAUUUUGAGAUAAUUCGCAACAUGAUGUUCGAGCUCAUCGACUGGCGACGAAAAAUCAUGUCUGGAACAUUACCUGUGGAUGAAUUAAAAGAAUUAAAGCAAAAAGCAACUGCAAAAAUUGACAUGGGGAAUGCGCUCUUGGGGCUAGAUUUAGUUGUCCGAGAUGAACAUGGGAACAUUUUGAAUCCUGAUGUUACAAGUUCAAUUGAUUUAUACCGUUCGCAUGAAGCUGCAACUCAAAGAAUUAAGUCGAUGGCAAAUUCUAACUUGGAUGACAAUAAAGGUCAGAAAACGUCAUCACGUUAUGUUCAUAGCUUUUACGUGACAGUUAAAAAUUUUGUGUGUCGCAUAGGGGAAGAUGCUGAGCUUUUAAUGGCACUGUAUGAUGCCAAAGAGGGAAGAUGUAUUAGCGAGAACUAUUUACUUAAAUGGAGUAAAGAAGGAUUAGCUAAAGACCUGGAUCAGCUAAAUAACCUAAGAGUUCUGUUUACAGAUUUAGGAAGUAAGGAUCUUGUUAGAGAGAAAAUGUAUCUCACAUGUCAGAUCAUUAGAAUUGGAGCAAUGGAAUUUAAAGAGCAUGACCACAAAAGAUCAACACACAUGCAAAGAAAAUCAUCUGAAGGUUUAAGGAGGCCUUUUGGAGUCGCUGCAAUGGACAUAACUGACAUACUCAAUGGUAAAUUGGAAAGUGAUGAAGAGAAACAAUACUUUAUUCCUUUUGUGCAAUGCAAUGAACGAGAUUUUUUAGAUAACUUGCUUCGAAAAGUUUUAACGUUUAAGGAAGUUUCUCAAAAAGAACAUAAAGGACAAGGACUUUGGAUAUGUGUAAAGCUACUUCAUGGGGAUCUAAAACAAGUAAAAGAAGAAAAUCCUCACCUCAUUACGCAAUCUACUUCGGUGGCACGCAAAAUGGGAUUUCCUGAAAUUAUACUGCCAGGUGAUGUGCGAAAUGAUUUAUAUUUAACUCUUUCACAUGGGGACUUCACAAAAGGUGCUAAAUCAUCAGACAAAAAUGUUGAAGUUUCUGUUAAAGCUCUUAAUGAAAAGGGUCAAUUAAUUAAGGAUGUGAUAAGUUUAGGUUGUGGUUCUGAAACAAUCAAUGAGUAUAAAAGUGUUAUUUAUUAUCAUGAAGAUAAGCCGAAGUGGAUGGAAACCAUUAAGAUUGCCAUUCCAAUAGAAGAAUUUUACAAUGCUCAUUUGAAGUUCACCUUUAAGCAUAGAUCCUCAAAUGAUGCAAAAGAUAGGGCAGAAAAAGCUUUUGCUGUUUCUUUUGUGAAACUAAUGCAAGACAAUGGCACUACUUUAAAAAAUGAGAUGCAUGAACUAUUAAUAUACAAGAUUGACUACAAAAAAUUUGAUGAUAGUGAUAUCAGUUAUCUUAAGUUGCCAUCUACUCGACAAGAGCUUGACAAAUAUAUUUCUAUCCAUUGUCCUUCUAGUCCAGCAAAAGGCUCUAAUAAUAUUAUAUCAUCAAAUGGCCUUUGUUUAAGUUCCAAAGAUAACUUUCAUAUUAGUUCCUUAGUAUGUUCUACAAAAUUGACUCAAAAUGUUGAUCUUCUUGGAUUGUUGAAAUGGUGGUCAAAUCCCGAAAAUUUGAAGAGUAACUUAAUUUCACUCAUGAAAGUUGAUGGAGAAGAAGUUGUAAAGUUUUUGCAGGAUACAUUAGAUGCUUUGUUCAAUAUUCUCAUGCAGAACUCAGAUUCUGAACUGUAUGACAACCUAGUUUUUGAAGCCUUGGUUUUCAUAAUUGGACUCAUUUCUGACAGAAAGUAUCAUCAUUUUCGACCUGUAUUAGAUAUGUAUAUUAAGGAAAAUUUUAGUGCUACUUUAACUUAUAACAAACUGAUUGUUGUCUUGAAGUAUUAUAUUGAGAGUGCUCAUCAGCAAGAAUUCCAAGAUAUUUUGUUGCGUGCCAUGAAAUCCAUAGAAUAUAUUUUCAAGUUUAUCGUAAGAUCAAGACAACUAUUUGCUGCGCUAAACGAUGACAAAGGUCAAGAAUUGUUUGAAGUUUCUCUUAAGCAACUGCUGCAUUCUAUUACAUCAAUGAUGAUGUAUGACACUGACACAACAUUACUUGUACAGGGAGCUUGUUUAAAAUACAUUCCAUUUGUCAUUCCUGAUGUUUUAUCAGUAUUUGAUGGUAAAGAACUGUGCCAUAUUCUUGUGGAGUUGAUCCACAAUGUUCCUAAAGAUCGUUUAACCAAACAAAAGAUGAUGAUGGUGAACGACUUGAUUCAUAGUACUCUGUUUCAAAAGCCAGAGUGUCGUAUAAUUCUGCUUCCUAUGGUCUGUGAUCAACUGCGCCCAUUACUAGAGAACAAAGAAGAAAUGCCAUUAUGUACGAAAAUUUUAAGUGACAUAAUGGUUGCUCUGUAUGGUCGAGACAUUGGACCCACCCAUAAAGACAUUUCUGAACUUAUGCUAUCUAUUUUGAGGACUAUCAUACAGUGUGUUGUACAUUUGGAAAGGAAAAAUUCUUUAGUGGGGAAUGUUGUUGCCACAAUGAUAUCUAUUCUUCGUCAAAUGACUCCAUACCAUUACAAUCAAUACAUCAGUAACUUCAAAACAAAAACUGAUCUUUUAGAUUUUAUAAUGGAAAUCCUUCUGGUCUUUCGGGAUCUAGUCAGCAAGCCAGUUUAUCCCUCUGAUUGGAAUGAGAUGAUCAUGCUGCAAAACAGUGUUAUUCUAAAAGCUUUAAGGCAUUUCUGCAUCACUAUUAGGGAUCGUUUUACAACACCCUUUGAAUACCAAGUGUGGAACAAUUUUUUUCAUUGUGCUAUAGCAUUUUUAACACAAGAUGCUCUACAGUUGGAAAAUUUUUCCCAAAAUAAAAGAAAUAAAAUAAUUUUGAGGUACAAAGAUAUGCGAAGAGAAACUGGAUUUGAAAUUAGAGCAAUGUGGUUUAAUUUAGGGCAAUAUCAGAUUAGUUUUGUGCCUGGUAUGGUUGGACCAUUUUUGGAAAUGACUUUAAUACCGGAAGUUGAACUUCGAAAAGCUACAAUACCGAUAUUUUUCGAUAUGAUGCAGUGCGAGUUUUAUUCCCAACGAACAUCUUUUCAUCAAGAUGACUUUUACAUUUCAAAUAGAGAGAUGAAGUGCAACUUUGAAGAAUUUGAACAUGAAAUGAUUACCAAGCUAGACAUGCUAAUUGAAGGUGGCAGAGGCGAUGAAGAAUACAAAAAUUUGUUUUUAGAAAUUGUAGGUGGCCUGUGUGAAAAUCAUCAAACCAUGCAUGAGAAAGGAAUGAUAUUUGUACGUACAGUUGUUCGUUUGAUGAAAAGACUUUUGGAGUACAGAAUGAUUGUGACAGAUGAAAACAAAGAAAAUAGAAUGAGUUGCACUGUUAACCUUUUAGAAUUUUAUCACGAGAUAAAUAGAAGAGAAAUGUACAUCAGGUAUCUGUACAAAUUGUGUGACCUUCACUUGGAAUGUGAAAAUUACGUGGAAGCUGCGUUCACUCUGAAACUUCAUGCCAAGUUAUUAAAAUGGAGUGAUGACCCUUUGCCUCAACUGCUCAAAAACGAUAAGCACCCUAACUGUGAAACCCAGAGGGAGUUGAAAGAAUGCUUGUACUAUGACAUCCUGGAUUACUUCGAUAAAGGUAAAUUGUGGGAAACUGGCCUUGCUCUCUGCAAGGAACUUGUGAUCCAGUACGAGAAUGAGGUUUUUGACUACAUCCAGUUGAGCGAACUGCUGAAAAGGAUGGCGGCCUUUUAUGACAACAUCAUGAAGCAGGUCCGACCAGAACCCGAGUACUUCAGAGUCGGAUAUUACGGGAAAGGUUUCCCUGCUUUCGUACAGAAUAAAGUGUUUGUUUAUAGGGGCAAGGAAUAUGAGUUGUUGAGUGACUUUAGCAGCAGACUGCUGAAUCAGUAUCCCACUGCACAGUUAAUGACUAAACUAGCUCCACCUGGUAAAGACAUUACUGAAUCGGAAAAGCAGUAUCUUCAAAUCAACAAAAUCGACCCCGUCAUGCAGGAAAGCAAACGGUUCCGCAAUAAGACAGUCCAUGAACAGAUCUUGAAGUAUUACAAAGUCAACGAGGUACAGCAUUUCACGUAUUCGAGGCCACUGAGGAAAGGCGAGAAGGAUUCAGACAACGAAUUCGCCACCAUGUGGCUGGAGAGAACUAAUCUGACGGUAUCCUAUCCCCUUCCUGGCAUUCUUCGAUGGUUUCCCGUCACUUUGUCACAAUCUCUGGAAAUAAGUCCUCUCGAGAAUGCUAUUGAAACUAUGGAGGUCACGAAUGCAAAGAUAUGUAGUCUGAUUCUCCUGCAUAAAAAUGAUCCAAUGUUGCCUGUCCAUCCUCUUAGCAUGCUUCUGAAUGGAGUAGUUGAUGCAGCUGUUAUGGGUGGAAUCAUUAAUUAUGAAAAGGCAUUUUUCAAUGAGGAAUACAUUCAAACACAUAACUCCGUAAAAGAUGCUGAAGGUAUACAAAAAUUAAAAGAUCUAAUUGCAUGCCAGGUUCCAUUAUUGGAGAUUGGUAUAGCCAUACACAAAGAAAAAGCUCCUGAAAGUUUGAAACCAUUUCAUAAACACAUGGAGGAAGCUUUUCAAAAGCUUAGAGCCAAUAUUGAAGAAAAAUAUGGCAAAAAGGGCCCUCCUCCGGAGUUACAGGAUCGCAUAUCUGUAAAUAUUCGUAGAGUGAAAACAGCACCUGCAAAAACAAAUUUGAAGGAUGAAAGAGCAUCAAAUGUCUCUAACUUUAUUACUGAAACCCCCAGAAAAAGUGUUCAAUCAAGUAUUAGCCUAACUUCUUCGACUUCCGCAAAAAUUUCUCCUGGUAUUAGAGGAACUUCUAUAUUUGUCAAGCCCAAUUCCAGUUCAAGUUCCAAGAGCUCUGGGAGGAAAAGCCGGGAGAGUUCAGUCCUAACUUUACGUAGAAGUUCAGGUUCAUCCUUUUCUACAUCCAACCAUGAAGCGCAGUCACAAUCUCAGUGGUAUGAUGUUUCUCCCACUUCUCCUAAACCAGAUGGUCCUGUCAUUGAAUUAAGUGAACCACUGACUCCUCAUCGUCCUCUUCGCUCUGAAGCUGAAAAACGUCUCAGCAGGCCUUCGAGUGGUCAGUUUCGACACCAAACCCCUUCUCCGACACCAAUGAGCAGGUCUCCUAGUGUUUCAUUAUAUUCCUUAUCAUUACCAUCAACACCUCUUGCCACUUCUCCCACCAGUAUUGAAAUGAAUGAUGAAAAGCCUCCUCCGUUACCCCAGAAACAAGCAUAUGCUGAUUAUACGAAUCUUACUGAUGACAUGCAGUUUUCAGGAACACUUAGGAAAAAUUCGGUCUCUUUAACUUUACGAGCAAAAAACAAGCCUCCUCCACCUCUGCCUGUGAAGGAAAGCAGCCCAGGUGUUUCCGUGAAGUCCCAGAGAGAAUCUCCAAACGAUUUAAAUCCAGACAUUCCUCCCGAACUGCCCAAGAGGCCCCCGUCUCGAAUGGCCGAUGAAACGUUGGACAGUUGAUACUUUUCCUA